CUAUUGACUGCAGACAAAUUCAAAAUUGCAUCUGCAGAGUAGGCUCUUUGUCUCUUUGCAUUUCAACAAAUUCCAGGUUGCUCAUCUACAUACAGGAUGGAUUCCUCACGUGUCACAAGUGAUAUCACGUCAUCGGAGCAGGGUAGUCGCGAAUCGGCCGAUCACCAACCGCGACGUCGACCUGGUCGACCUCGGAUGAAAAGCGAUGUAACAAUGGGACCAGAGGAUGGAUCUGAUCGGAAAGCUCGCAUGCGUCUAGCCCAAAGAUCAUAUCGUAGUCGCAAAGAGAAUGCCCUGGCCACCGAAAAGGCUCGAGUCUUGGUAUAUGAGUCUACUUUGAACAAGAUCCUUGGAUCAAUCACGGAAUUCCAGAAUUUUAUGAGUACGAAAAGAUACUUGCCCGAGGACGUGAUGCUGCAAUUAAGAAAGACGGUCUCGGAAAUCACAGACCUAGCACAGCAGGCACAGCAGGGGGACCAAUCAUCCCCAUCCGUUUCAGGACAGAACCCUGACACCCCGUCCAAGGCUAAAGAAUUUGUUGGGAUGAGCCACAACUCGCAAGUGCCUCCCAAAGAUCAACGCCCCAAGCGUAUCUCUGAUGAUGUGGGUUUUGCGUCAGCCGACCUAGCCUCUUCGCGUGAGACAAGUCUGGUAUUGUCUCAGCAGAGGCUCAAUCGGCCUCGUCGGAAACUCCCAGUUGCGCAGUCAUUUCUUCAAGCAUGCUUGGACCGAACGAUGGGCUUGCUGCAACCUGAUAGCCCAUCCACGAGAAGCUUUUUCCCGGCAUUGCUCCUGCCGCUUAGGUUGCAUCAAUUUGACGAGAUUCUGGAUUGGACACUUCGUCAUAUUUCUAGAAACGCUAGGUAUCACCUGGUAGACUCUGGAUACGACUAUACCGAAUCCAGCGAUUUUCCAAAGAUGUUGCGAAUUCUUGAGGGGGGCAUUGGUGUUGCAGUUCCUCGGACACCGCCACCACACCUACAACGCUUCCAGUUUGGCCGAACAAGAACCAGACUUAUCACAAAUACUCCAGAACUUCAAGGAGAGUGGCUUGAGGCCAUGGAUGUGGAGGAGUACCUUGAGCAACGAGGUAUUUUCGUUAGGGGAAUCCAGGAAUCUGACAUCCUCACCCUGUCUGUGUCAACUCCUAGUGUUUCUCCAGGUGCGAAUGAGGAGCCAGACUCGCUUCAUCACGGCACAUUCAUGGAUUCCGGAGGCCAGUCUAGGGAAGACACCGUAUCAAGCGGAGAUGGAUUGGUUUUAUUCCCGGGCGUAUCUACGGAUGGUGAGCCUCGUUCACAGUUGGCUCACCAGGUUAGUCAAUCGGACCAUCACGCGGCACGAGAUUUCACAAUAUUCGGCCACAGCUUCAGAGAGACUCAACCUGUUCCUUCUGGGCUCUGGACGUUUAAGCCCUCACCUCAACAUUGGGGCUCGGGCACCUUCAGAGGAGGUAGCCGGGACUCCACCCUAACUCAUCAGAUAAUGCCAAGAGAGCAGAAGAGUUAUAAUGGACAUAUCACGAUUUCGGUUGAUAAAUUAAUCACGGAGCUGGCUGAUCGGGCGGUUUGCCUAGGCCCAGCUCCUGGCAUCCGGAGAGUAGAGGUUGAUGCCGCCAUUAAGCAGUCAGUCAUCAGUGCUCCAGGCACCACGAUAUGACGUAGAAAUGAAACAGAGAUGUAUUCAUCAUGAAAUCAAGCUAGAGAGAA